AUGCAGCUGUCAGUUAGUGACAGCGGCAGUCUGUCAUUUGUCGUCUCUUGCUACAAUGUGAGAUGUGCAUCCGCGAAGUCCUUGGCGUCACGCCUAAGGAAUAUCUUGAUAACGUCGAAGGAGGCUUCUGAUUUGAGGGUUCUGCUAGAUUACUUUCGGCCAUAUGUCAUAGAGUGCAAGCUGAAGGACAUGUACCGGAUGAUCGACACUGAUUUCAGAUAUGGUUAUCGUGAUUCGAUACUAAGCGUUUCGUGGCUUGACGAUGGGAGCUGUAUCCCAUGCGACGAUUUUGAUGGUCUUUCCAUAUCUAGGGGUGAUACUGCGGCCUCUUGUUCACCACCUGAUGAUACGGGUAGUGAGGGAGGGUCAUUGGCCCUAUCCGAUGAUUUUCAACCACAUCAUAUGUCCACCAGUCCGGUGGCUGGGAGAUAUGUGUUGAGGAAUAUUGAUAUGGCGUCUGAUGAGAACCAUUUUCGGCCUUUGCAACGAGUUCAAAGCGAGAAUGUAUAUGAUCGUACCUCUGUGAUACUUCGAGCAUAUGGAAGCGCAGAUAACCUUACGAACCACCACCACAAGGAUAUCAACGGCAAUUUAGACGCGUUACGGUAUUAUAGGUAUUUUUAUGACUCUUUGAAGGAUAUAAAUGCCACAUCAUACGAACCAUCCUCACCUAUUGAUGCCGUUUCCCCUCGUUCUAACGUAUCUGGCAUUGCUAUGCUGAGCCAAUUAUGUACACCAGAGUUCGUUGUAAAUGGCUGUUCAAUAAAUGGUCCAUCACAAUCGAGAAGUAUGGAUAUUGAUGGACUAUCUACGACACCGCUGAAUAUGGCUCAGUCGUUAAAUAAUGACAUAUCCGAAAAUGAACGUUCGCUCUUGUCUUCCUUAUGCCGUCUUCUGCGAGGUAUGUUGGUGUUCAUUGCAGAUGCUGUCAAUCAUGAAUUACGUUGGUUGAGUCAAUUCGACGCUAGUCUGGUAGAAGUUAUAGAGUUGCUUGAUGGUGUAGUUUCUGAGGGUGGUAGCAUGAUGAAGAAGCUGAAGGAGAUGCUAAAAAGUUACUCAUCUACAUAUGCAGCCUCAUUAACGGCGUACGAAAAGGCUUUAUCGAGGUUUCAGAAAUUUGAGAAGGCACUGGAGGCUGCCUGCGCGGCGCGCUCCUCUAUUACCAACGGUAAUCAUGAUGUCCUCAACUGUCCUUUUGAAGGCUGUCCUAGUAGGCAGCCUGAUUACAAGCAUAACCGUAAUGUGAAUAGGAGCACGGUGUGUCAAUUGUUGAGCAGUUCGAAAGAUUUUAUUCGGUACACCAACUACAUCGAGCAGAUGUGUUUGGCGCAUCAUACGUAUGACACCCUGGAAAAAUAUCGCGAAUAUUGCUCUAAGGGCUUGACUGAUGUUUUAGCCACCUUUUCGGAACAUUACCCUCGAACUGUUUUUUGCGUAGAGGUUUUCUGUUUAGAGAAACUAACGGGGAUUGCUUCUGUUUUGAUGUAUAACACAUCAUCUAAGUCAAGAAAUUUAGCGUUAUGUUUAAAUCAACUAAAUCGUAUUCCGGCUGAUGGUGUGAUUGAUUUGCAUUAUAGCAUCAACAUCGACUCGCCGAAUAUGAAAGACCGUUUACAUUCAAUUAUUGUUGAAUGUUUUGAUGGCAUGAGAUCGCUUUCUAAAAAGCUGUCUCAGUUGCAUCACUCGCAAAUGGAUCGGCUUUCACGUUUCAGUUCACGUCACCCGCUGAAGCUUUGCGACAUGGACGUGAAUGCGAUGUUCAAGUCGUAUCAUAAAUACAACAAGCACAUGUAUUCUACGUGGUGGUCUAUCUAUACAACUAUAGCCUCCGUGUUUCCCAAGAGCACAUCUGGAUUGCGGAGGACAAAGGAAACCUCUGAUCCGGUUCUUGGUGAGUUUUUCGAUAUUAAAAUGCCCUUAAAAUUCCUUCGAACAAUUGCUAGUCAAUUUGAGGAGCUUUUGGAGACAGCCAGUCAAGACACCUUCAACGUUUGUUCUGCUGCAUUGAACAUAUGUGCUAACACGAUGGACUGGACCAGCUUUGUGACUUCGAUGGCUAGCGAGAACAAUUUGGAUGCCGAUGAAGUUAACUCGGUGAUAGGCCAGCUUCAGCAAGAUAUAUUUGAGAAAAACAAUUGUGAGGUGGAUUCUCUUUACCGUUCCCUCGGUCGUCGCAGUACUGAUAGCGUGGGUCCUUUGGUUGUUCUCACUAACAGUCUUCCGUUGUGUGAAAGCAGUGCUAUUAUGAGUAAGAUGUUAUGUGUUCUUGAUCAGCAUGCCGAGGCGGUAGUGGACUACAAUGAGGUAGAUUAUAAUUUCCGCUUCAACCGUGGUGAAAUGGUCCACGUGCGUAUUUCAGGGAAUACACCUUUAUGGUAUGGCCAUACCGUCGAGGGUGUUGACAGGUGGUUCCCUGCUAAGUUUGUGAAGCUUCUAAGUGAACCUUGCGUGCCCCUUUUCCGUCGCGCUGAUCUUGAAUGCUACACUUAUUUGGAUUGUUACCGUGUUGAUGAUCAUGAAGAUGGUCGUCAUACGGAACCAGUAAUGGAUCGUGGUAUAACUCUAACUUCCAAGGCUACGUUGAAACAGGCUUUGAUGCUUUCAAGAUUGGGUUUGGAGGGCAAGGUUGAACAUGAAUUUAAGUGUGCGCUUUGUCGCAAGAUAGUUUUGCGAGGUUCAUUGUAUCUGACAAAGACCCAUAUAGGGUUCGUAUCUAGCUUCAAUGACGCCACUUUAUUUGGCCCCGAGACUACAUUGACUGUCCCAGUUGAGGAUAUCAUGUUAUGUAACUUGACAUCUUCGAAGACCCUAUCUUUUUAUGUUCGACUUGUCCUACGUAAUAACGAGACUCACACGUUUUAUUCGGUAAGGUAUGCUCGCCGUAUCCGUGACUGUAUUGUGGAGUUGGCAAAGCUUCACGGUGGUAACGAGACUGCAACGGUAAAUAGUGCAGAGUCUGUGACUUUGAAUUCAUCGUUGGAACUGAAAGAUGCUUUUGGAGCAUUGGAACCGCUGGCUAAAUCUUUACCUCCUGUUAGUUUACAGAUGAGUUUAAAGAAAUAUUUUUUCAAAAGCUUGCGUGACAAUGUAUCUCCUGGUAGCAUUGUUGCGGAAACUCGCCUUUCUCAGAGUGCAUUUGAAUUUGGAGGGACGUUGGAGCCUGUAGACUUCGACUGGGAUGCUGACGGUGUGCAGGUCCACAAACGUCAGAUUCAUUACAGUUUUCGAUUAAAGGAAGGGAAGUACACUGCCCUGCUUCCGCGUCAUGCCUGCGGCAAAGCCCGAGAGGAUUUGAAAUAUGCCCUAGUUGAUGGGAAACACUUAAUUUACGAGAGUACGAGUUAUACAUCAGAUAUCCCGUAUUCGAGUUAUUUUUACACCAUACUGCGAAUAACUGUGACGUCUACUUCGCCUUAUGCUAUUGUCGUCAAGGCGGAAUACGACGUGAAGUUUGUUAAAAGUACCUUUUUGGCUUCUGUCAUUAAUGGAGAGGCUUGUGAACGUCUGUGCAACUCUGCGCAUAAGAUGCUUCUUCCAUUUGAUGACUCGGCUAAUGGCGGCUCGCAAGGUUCACCGAGGCCUACGAUACAUCCCCCCGUUUUGUCUCCACGAGUUCACCGUGCGACGGGUUGUGGUCUGCCUCCUGUACUUUGGGCCUGCGUUAUGUUUUUCGUCAUAUACACGGGUUUGUUAUCAGGUUGGCACUGA